GAAUGGCUUCAGGAGUUGGCAAUGUCCUACAAAGCUCAGAGAAGCUCCCUCUGUUCGGCAGCUGAGCUGCUCCAAUCCCCACAACAACUCUCUCUCUUUCUCUCUCUUCCCUUAUCCCUUCAGUCACCUACAAUUUCACCGCCUUUCCCUUCCAAUCCACUUCCUCCAAUGCCGAGAGCAGCGCAGGGGAAUUAGGGGAAGAUGCCGCUCGUCAGGGUGCAGGUCAAAAGCCAAUUCGGGCUUGGAAAGCCCCAUCUCUACAAGGAGGCCAAUAAUGAAGAUCCCAAAGCUGUGCUUGACGGUGUAGCCGUUGCUGGCCUCGUUGGGAUCUUGAGGCAGUUGGGUGAUCUUGCGGAAUUUGCGGGGGAGGUUUUUCAUGGCUUGCAGGAACAGGUGAUGGCAACAGCUUCCAGGAGCCGCAAUGUGAUGGCUCGUGUCAAACAUAUUGAAGCUGCCCUUCCUUCCCUAGAGAAGGCAAUACUAGCUCAAACAAGUCAUAUUCAUUUUGCUUACACAGCUGGUUCUGAGUGGCAUCCUCGUAUUCAAACAGACCAAAAUCACUUCAUCUAUCAUGAUUUGCCACGAUUUAUUAUGGAUUCCUAUGAAGAAUGUCGUGAUCCUCCGCAACUUCAUUUGCUCGACAAAUUUGAUACGGGGGGUCCUGGAUCUUGUUUAAAGCGUUAUUCAGAUCCAACAUUCUUCAGAAGAAUAUCAACCUCAGGAAAAGUAAGCUUGGAGAAGGUUCGAAGUGAUAAAAAGGCUCAAAAGAUCAAGAGAAAACGAUCGAUGAUGCGCAAUGGAGAAGUGACAUGUGGUGCAUCAAUUCCCAGUUUUAAUAGCAGCUUGCAGUUUAACUCCAUUUCCAAUGAAGUAGCUUCCUUUUCUCAAACUGCUACAGCUGAUAUGAGGAUGAAAUCAGAUGCUGGGGAGUCUUCAAAUUCUUUUGAUUCCGGAACUGGGUCACGAUAUACCGGAAGCGUUACGAAAUUAGAUUCUUCCUUGCCAACUAAAAAACAGGAAUUUAGGAAAUCUUCAAAUUCAAGCAUGAUGCAGUUUAAUGAUGCUGUUGAUUCAUUUGCCUCAGAUGAACAAAGUAGGAUGGUAGAUGAUAAAUUUCAAUUUGAACUAGAUGAUCCAAUUGAUUUGAGUUUCUGUUCUCAUGUAACAUGGGAUGAAAAGGCAGAAAUAAGGAAGCCCAGGAAUCAGCAAGAUAGUGUAGAAAAGAUAGAAAUGUUGCAGCCAAUAGGUCAACAGGAUGUUAGAGAAAUGGCUGAAAUUAUGCAGCCGAGAACCGGAAAGGAUGUCGAAGAAAUGGAAGAAAUUAUACAGCCAAGGUCCCAACAGGAUGUUAGAGAAAAGGAAGAAAUUGUGCAGCCAAGGACUCAAAAGAGAGUUAGAGAAAUAGCAGAAAUGUUGGAGAAAAAGUCCCGACGGGAUGUUACUGAAAUGACAGAAAUUGUGCAGCCAAGGACUGAAAAGGGUGUUAGAGAAAGGGCAGAAAUUGUGCAGCCAAGGUCCCAACAGGAUGUUAGAGAAAUGGUGGAACAUGUGCCGCCUAGGGCUCGAACGGAUGUCAGAGGAAUGGACGACAUUGUGCAGACAGGGUCCCAACAGGAUGGUACAGGAAUGAUAGAAAAUCUGCAGCCAAGGACUCAAAAGGGUGUCAGUGAAAUGGCAGACAUUGUGCAGCCCAGGACUCAACAGGAUGUUAGUAAAAUGGAGGAACUUGUGCAGCCCAGGACUCAACAGGAUGUUAGUAAAAUGGAGGAACUUGUGCAGCCCAGGACUCAACAGGAUGUUAGUAAAAUGGAGGAACUUGUGCAGCCAAGGACUCAACAGGGUGGCAUAGAAAAGCCAGAAAUGGUGGAGCCGGGUAGUCGACAGGGUGAUAGUGAAAAAGUGGAGAUAGGGGAGUCAAGGCGUCAACAGCAUGAUAAAGAUGAAGAAUAUAAUUUUCCUAUACCUGAAUCUACCGAUCCUCAGGAAAUGGAAGGCUUUUACCUCAGAAAUGAUGAACAAACGAGCACGCCUGCUAGUAAUGGCCACCUGCUAGAAUCCGUUAAUGACGGGAAUGUAAUCGAUGAAGUUGAAAGUGAAACGGAUAAUUAUAUGGAUGCCCUCAACACCAUUGAGUCAGAAUCUGAAAGUGACCUUGAUUGUCAGACGAAACGAGAAGUCGAGCCAUGCUCAUCCACUAUAAAGUGUGAAGUAGUAGAACCAGUGCAUGAUGUCCUUGAAUUGAGUUUGGAUCCUGAUAUUUCGAUUCUUAACCCGAGUAAUGAGCCUCAAACGUCCUUUGACAAAUGUAUGAUGUCCAGUCUGCCAAAUUUAGUUUCUUCAGAUAGUUUUUACCAUGAUCAAAGGCUCGAAAACGCCGUGAAGGAUUCUAACCUCGACGAUCCCCUAGUAACUAAUUUGCAUGACAAGGAAAGUUCCAUAUCAGAAUCUGAUAUCAGUGACUCCUUCCCUCCUGACUCCACUUCUAGUUUCGAGGAUCAGUCAGGAAUUAAAUUAUUGAACACGGUGCACGAAUCACAUGAAUCUGAAAAAGCUUCUUUCUCCAGCAAUCCGUUAGAUAAGUUCUGGACUAAUGGUGGCUUGCUUGGACUUCAGCCAUCAAAACCUCCUUCUUGGGCUGUUUCAAAUGCUUCUCGUGAGGACGCGAGUAAAGGCGAGAAACAUGGCCCUUCUCAUCAUGCGUUUUUGAUCAAUGGUAAUGCACAAGAAAUGAAAAUGGGUACUUUUCCCAAAGAUGCUAUUAACAAUGAGAAUGAUUCAACUUCUAAAAAGUCCUCAUUGCAUCACGAUGAUCAGAAAUACGAUACGUCUCGGAUAUUGUCAAGAGAUGAAAGUCUUGAUAUUAAUCAUUCAAGCAAUGGAUCUAGUUGUGUCCAUAUGAAUGAUAUGGAAAAAACCAUUAUGGAGAAAGAUGAAGAUUCCAGUCAGAAUUCUGGACUUGGCCAUCAAUUGCUUGUAAAUGGCUUUCAUAGAAAACUAACGCUAAUACAAGACGAAAGAUUUGAGACUACGUCUGGUCCAGAUUCAUGUCCUCCUUCACCCCCACUUGAUCACAUGAAAAUCUCUUUCCAUCCUGUUUCUGGUUUUGAAAUUUCAAAAUUGAAAUUGAGAUUUCCCGACGACAGUGAAGGCCAAGGAAGCACGAACGACAUAUUUCCAUUGUUUCAGUUGGCUCCCGAGGAGUCUAUUUCUGGGCAUGAGAUUGGCUCUGAGUAUGAUGACGACGACACGUUCUGUAGAUCAUCUCCAUGUAUGUCAGAUGAUUGUCUUAGUGAUCGCUCCAAGUCGAAUUCUGACCUGUGGGAAUCAGACGACGUUUCAGAAAGCACGCGCAAGAAUUCGUAUGAUUUACACAUAUCACAGAUGGCAUCAUCAUUUGAGGGAAUCACAAAAAUUGGGACUACUGUGGACGGUGAAAGUGAAAAUUUGUACACUACGGAGGGCAUGGAUGAUUCGUUUUCGGGUCCGUUACUUGAUCUUCCAUGUUUUGACAUUGUGAACACUGUAAUGAGUGAAAGAAUUGAUGAUAUUGAUGCAAUGAAUCUUCUUAAGCCGCAAUGUUCAGAUAAUCCUGUUCCCGCUGUGCCUCCUCUUCCUCCUGCACAAUGGUGUGUAUCAAAAACAUCCUUGAAUGUGUCCGAAGACCUAAAGGAUUUAUCUGCUCGGUCGGAACAGGUGGAACCGAUUGUCUUGCAGCAGCAAAUAACUCAUGAGCCCAUUGCAACCAAGCUAAAUGACAAGAAGCCAGAACAAGUGAUGGUGGAUGGUAAAAAAGAACUAAACCGCAUCGGAAAUGGCCAAGUGAUGGAUGCGAGGGAAGAUUUUCUGCAACAAAUUAGAGAAAAAUCAUUCAACCUAAGACCUACAAUGACUGAGAAGGCCAGCACUACAGCAGGACCUGCUACCCAUGUCAAAGUCACAGCAAUUUUGGAGAAAGCCAACGCGAUUCGCCAGGCUGUUGGAAGUGACAACGGCGAAGAUGACGAUUCUUGGAGUGAUGCCUGAUUGUAGAUAUGAAACCUAUGUUUCCCAGAGACAACUCUCAUAAAGAUGCUAAUAGUUGCAUAUGUAAUAAAACUCAUGGUAUGUCUUGUGAAUAAGCUUCCUUUUUGACUUAUAUUCCCUUAGAGAACUUGUUAAUUCCUUGUAAGCAUUGAGAAUUACGUAUUAGGUGCUGGGAAAGAUAUGUUUCACCAUACUUGCAGGCUGCAGCAAGCAAUAGAGUGCAUAAAAGAAAGCCUGAAAAUGGUUGUAAAUUCGAUUCUUUUAGCUUUU